GCCUCAUUCCCUCGACCACCCGACCAACUCCAACCACCCAAAACAACAAGCAACCACAAACACAUCCGACUCAGAACCAACCCAACAAAACAGUCGAGGAUCCAGCAAACCGUAAAAUAAUACAUACUCAGUUCAUCCCAGAUGUCUGCCACACCUGCCCUUGCCGGUCUGGCCCGCUCAGCCUUUAGAGUCGGAUUCAACGUUCCAAAGAAGCCUUUCAACCGCUCCAUCCAACCCAACCUACUGUGUAAUACCAGCCAGGGUUCUCGGGCAAUGAUUACCACCAUGAAUCACAAAUCCACUCCUUUUGUCAAAAAAGACGACAGUCAUUCAUCUUCUAGAUCCGUCUCAACCACCGCUGUCGUCAAAGCUUCCAAGGUACCCAACACGUCUGCUUAUUCGCCCGCUUUCGGACUCGCAAUGCAAGGAAGCAAUUCUCUCGAUCUUGCUACUCCAAGAAAUGGCGCUGAAUACGUGAUUAGUACGAUUGAUAAGAUCGUCAAUUGGGCGCGACAGGGAUCGAUUUGGCCUAUGACGUUUGGAUUAGCGUGUUGUGCGGUAGAAAUGAUGCACAUGGCAGCCGCCCGAUAUGACCAAGAUCGAUUCGGAAUCAUCUUCCGAGCCUCGCCUCGACAAUCCGAUGUGAUGAUCGUUGCCGGCACAUUGACCAACAAGAUGGCCCCAGCCUUGCGUAAGGUGUACGACCAGAUGCCCGAGCCUCGAUGGGUGAUCAGCAUGGGAAGUUGUGCCAAUGGUGGCGGUUAUUACCAUUAUUCUUACUCCGUCGUCCGUGGUUGUGAUCGGAUCGUGCCUGUUGACAUAUAUGUACCCGGCUGCCCACCUACCGCUGAAGCUUUAAUGUACGGUUUACUACAACUCCAACGCAAGAUGCGAAGAACUAGAAAGGGUGUACUAUGGUACCGCAAGUAAUCCAGUUUUCGCAUGGGCUAGUUACCUAGUUCGUCAUAAUAGAUCAUCAGAGUUGUCUCAGACUCUUCCAUGAAUGCCUUAUCCUUUGUGAUUGUACACACGUAUUUUUUUCUCCUUCUAUCUUCAAUGCCUGGCUUUAUUCUUCAACAUUGGAAUGCCAGGCUCUUAACAAAACAUUAGUGGGUUGUCUUCCCGUUGGUGACUUGUCAUCAUCGAGCUCUAUUUGUAGCGAAACCUGAUAAAAUCCUCCUGGUUAACACAAGUCGCAUGAAGUAUAUAUGGUAUGUGAUCAUCAGAAAGCCCGUAUCUCAUACGUUGCCCUCUAGUCAAUAGCAUAGAUUCAGACCUAGCAAGAAUAAGAUGUGCAUGUGUAUGGGGUAUAUUUGAUAUAUGAUAACUAUUUCAAAAAAACUUAAAUCAAAAGAAACUUAAAUUAUUAUCUACUCACAUUGUAAGUGCAAGGAGAAAGACUCACAGCGGGAAGGCAGGAAAUGAAAGGGAAAAAAACACCAGGAAAAAAACGAGAAAACGGAAGAGUACAUCGAAAGUGCGAAGUCAUAAGAAACAAAUAAACAAACAUCAUGUCUCGAUGUAUAGAUGAGGAAACAAAGUAUGUAGAGGAACUGCAAUCUGAUAUUGUAAAAGGCAUAAGAUGAAGUCAAAAGGUGAAGCUCGAAUGGGAUAAAAAGUUUAGAGUCAGACUUCCUGGAAAAGAAAUUGUAGUCUGUGUCAACUCUGCCACCGGGCUCAAUCAACGCAGGAAGUCCAUCUUUGCAUUCUGGAGGGAACUUCUUGCAGCGAUCGAUCCUUGAUAGAAGAACUAAGCUGUACCCGGCUAGCCUGCGUUGACUACCACACUGCACAUCACUUGCU